CUCCACUGUCACCAAAUGGGGGUCGUCCACAGGGACCUCAAGCCAGAGAACCUGCUCCUGGCCAGCAAGUGCAAAGGGGCAGCGGUGAAGCUGGCUGACUUCGGCCUCGCCAUCGAGGUGCAAGGGGAUCAGCAGGCCUGGUUCGGCUUCGCGGGCACGCCCGGCUACCUCUCCCCCGAAGUCCUGCGCAAAGAGGCCUACGGCAAACCCGUGGACAUCUGGGCAUGCGGUGUCAUCCUCUACAUCUUGCUGGUGGGCUACCCGCCAUUUUGGGACGAGGACCAGCACAAACUCUACCAACAGAUCAAGGCCGGUGCCUAUGAUGUAAUUCCUUCGCCCGAGUGGGACACGGUCACCCCCGAAGCGAAAAACCUCAUCAACCAGAUGCUGACCAUCAACCCCGCCAAGCGUAUCACAGCCCACGAAGCCCUCAAGCACCCGUGGGUCUGCCAACGCUCCACCGUGGCCUCCAUGAUGCACAGGCAGGAGACGGUAGAGUGUCUGAAAAAGUUCAACGCCCGGAGGAAGCUCAAGGGCGCCAUCCUCACCACCAUGUUGGCCACCAGGAACUUCUCAGCAGCUAAGAGCUUACUGAACAAGAAGGCGGACGGCGUGAAGCCUCAGACCAACAGCACCAAAGGCAGCGGUGUCACCAGCCCCAAGGGGACACUCCCGCCCGCAGCGCUGGAGCCUCAAACUACCGUAAUUCAUAACCCCGCGGACGGCAUCAAGGAGUCGUCCGAUAGCACCAACACCACCAUCGAGGACGAGGACACAAAAGCCCGCAAGCAGGAGAUCAUCAAGAUCACGGAGCAGCUCAUCGAGGCUGUCAACAACGGGGACUUCGAGGCCUACGCGAAGAUCUGCGACCCGGGGCUCACCUCCUUCGAGCCCGAGGCCCUGGGCAACCUGGUGGAGGGCAUGGACUUCCACCGCUUCUACUUCGAGAACUUGCUCUCCAAGAACAACAAGCCGAUCCACACGACCAUCCUGAACCCCCACGUGCACGUCAUCGGGGAGGACGCCGCCUGCAUCGCCUACAUCCGCCUCACCCAGUACAUCGACGCCCAGGGCCGACCCCGCACCAGUCAGUCGGAGGAGACCCGCGUCUGGCACCGCCGCGACGGCAAGUGGCAGAACGUCCACUUCCACGGCUCGGGGGCCCCCGUCGCCCCGCUCCAGUGA